GGCGGGGCCGCUGGCGUGGGUCUGAUCACGUGAGGCGUUGUGUGGCGGUAGGCGGGAGGAGCAGCGCGAGCUCAGGGUUUAGGAGCCAUUGCUGUGGACGGAAAGACGGGGCGUGAGCUGCUAUUGAGGGCGGCCAGGGUGCCGUAGAGUUCCCCCCCCCGUCUGCUCAGUGUGCGGGCUGAGCUUCGUUGGAGGACCAGAUGACAGGGCACAACAAGAAGAAGCUUUAUGAGUGCGAUGUGUGUGGCAAGGCCUGGCAGAAGCCGAGCCAGCUGGAUGUCCACCGGCGGGUUCACACAGGAGAACGCCCCUUUGACUGCUCCGACUGCAGCAAGCGCUUCAAAACGGUGCAGGACCUGAAGGCCCACCGACAGGUGCACACGGGCGAGAAGCCCUAUGGCUGCUCCACCUGCGGCGAGAGGUUUGCCUGGUUGUCGGGGCUGAGGAACCACCAGCGGGUGCACAGCAGUGAGCGGCCCUUCACCUGCUCCGACUGCGGCAAAGGCUUCAAGUCGCCCGCGGAUCUGAAGGAGCACAGGCGCGUGCACUCCGGGGAGCGGCCCUACACCUGCAGCGACUGCGGCAAGAGCUUCAUCCGCUCCAACGAGAUGCUGAGGCACCAGCUCACCCACACCAGCGAGAGGCCCUACACCUGCGCCCAGUGCGGCAAGGGCUUCAUCCGGUCCAACGAGAUGCUGAGGCACCAGCGCACCCACACCAGCGAGCGCCCCUUCACCUGCGCCCAGUGCGACAAGGGCUUCACCCGCUCCAGCCACCUGCUGAGGCACCAGAUUACCCACACCGGGGAGCGCCCCUUCAUCUGCGCCCAGUGCGGCAACGGCUUCACCCUCUCCAGCAGCCUGCUAAGGCACCAGCGCAUCCACACCGGCGAGCGCCCCCACACCUGCGCCCAGUGCGGCAAGAGCUUCAUCCGCUCCACCGAGCUGCUGUCCCACCAGCGGGUGCACGCUGGCGACCAUCCCGUCCCCAGCCCGGUGCGUGGAGAGCGCUUUGCCAUGGCCUCCCACGCCCUGUCUCAGCAGCGCGUGCACACCAGUGGCCAGCCCUACGAAUGCCUGUACUGUGGUGACGCGUUUGACAGCUCACGGGGGUUGCGACAGCACCGGCGGGCCCAUGCCGGCGAGCAGCUGCUCCCAUUGCGGAAAGCAUUUCAAGAGCGCACGGGGGCUGCGGGAGCACCAGCGGAUACACACCGGAGAGAGACCCUUAGUGUAAUGUAG